AUGGACAGGGACACAUCAGACAUAUUUAAUCAACAUCCCAUCCUCAUUCACAUUCACUUUGACUUUAACUUCGAUCAAACCAACAUUGACCUACCUCAACCUAACCAACAACAACCCCUCAAAGAAUCGUCAUGGCAAACCAGUGCUCCGGUCACGUCUUCGCCAUCAUCCAAGGCACCAACGGUAACAUUCUUACCUGGCGCUGUUCCGACUGCAACUCUGGCCCAUUCGUUGCCAUUUGGCGUUGCAAACUGUGUGGCUACAACCGUUGCAACAGCUGCCAUUCUUCCAAGUCUUAAUUGA